AUGUUUGUCAAGGGUGAGUUUAAUAUUGAGUACAACCCAACCAUCGAAGACUCGUAUUCAAGUGAAGUGACGGUCGAUGGGAAACUCAUUAAAAUGAGUAUAGUCGACACUGCUGGACAAGAAGAAUACAUUUCACUCCGUGAACAGUACUAUAUCAAGGGUGAUGGGUUCGUUAUGGUCUACUCAAUCGAUAACAAGAAUUCAUUCCACGCUUUGAAGAACCACAGAGACAGCAUCUUGGGUCUCAGAACUGGUAAAAAGACCGCUAUGGUCAUCGCUGGAAACAAAUGCGAUUUGGAAGAGCAACGUGCAAUUUCAACAGAAGAAAUUAAGAAGCUCUCUGACGAGUGGGCAAUCCCAUUCUUCGAAACGUCUGCGCAAAACAACACCAACGUUAAGCAACUCUUCGAAACUAUUGCUAAAGAGCUCUUGAAGUGCAACCAGACAGCAGAAACCGCAGCACCCGUAGCAGCUGCCGCCGCACAACCAACUGCCCAGGCUGCAGCCCCGCCAAAAAAGGAAAAGAAAGGGAAGUGCACUCUCUUCUAA